AUGGCUACACAAUCAGCAAAAUUAACUUCAUUUGUUUAUGAGGAUUUAAUUCGUCAAAUUCAAUUCAUUCAAACUCAUAUAAUUCAGUUGACGAACUAUCUAAACGAUCGAUGCCAAACGGAUUUGAAAUCACGAUCAUUCUCUUUUAGUGAUCCAUUCGGAAACGAAAUCACUCAGAAGUUUAUGGAUCAUGAAAUCAUCGAAAUUAUCUUUAAAAAAUAUGUCACAGAAUAUAUAUCAAAACAUUUACGACCAUUUAUCAAAAUCGGGAAAAUGUGCCACGGUCACAUCCAACUGAUGUACGAACAUGAGCUCAAAUUUAAUGCAUCGCAAUUUCGUGAUGGCUUCCAGUUUAUUGCGUGUUGUGAAAUAACCGUUUGGGUGGGCGAUUACGAAAGUUCAAUAUGCAGACGAGUGGUAAUACCAGUGCGUUUGUUGGAUAGUAUUGAAAGCGUUAAUAACGGCUUGAAGAUUCCACCGAAAAUUACAAAUGUUGAAUUUAAAUCAUUAAGAAACGAUCGAAAUAUGAAACCGACGAGAGAUAAUUGGGACCAAGGUAAACCACUCAUGUCUUCGGAUACAAUUGGUUCGUCUCAAUUAUAUCAAAACGAUACAAUUCUAAUGGCAAAAUUGAUACAACCACAUGCAGAUCCUGCGCAUUCCAGUCCUACUUUUCAAAUAUUCGUCAGAACUCUUAAGGGUCAAGUUAUUACAUUGACAGUCCGUUCUGACAUGUCCAUCUGUGACGUAAAAAUACUUAUACAAAACAGUGAAGGUUCAUCUCCUGACAUGCAACGUCUAAUCUUUGCUGGAAAACAGCUGGAAGACGAUCGAACUCUGGCAGAUUACAACAUUCAGAAAGAAUCAACAUUGCAGAUGGUGCUCCGAUUGCGCGGUGGAAUGUAUCAUUUUACAAGUGGUCGACAAAAUUUUCAACAGUUAUCUUAUGAUAGUGCAAAAGCAAUCCAAAAUAUUCUCAAUUAUGAACUCACAAGUAUCAGUGAUGUGAGUGACUCAUCACCAAUGGAAAUACAAGACAAGAUUUUACAAGCACAAACACUUCUUUCGGCACUAUACAGUACAAUCAGAGAAUAUUCAGUUGCAAAUAAUAUUGUCAAUCUAAAAACGAUUAUUCUCGAAUAG